AUGUCGGGUGGUGGCAAGGACCGUAUCGCCGUUUUCCCAUCUCGAAUGGCUCAAACCCUGAUGAAGGCUCGCCUGAAGGGAGCCCAAAAGGGACAUUCGCUGCUCAAGAAGAAAUCCGACGCUUUGAACAUGCGUUUCCGUGACAUUUUGAGGAAGAUUGUCGAGAACAAAGUCCUGAUGGGCGAGGUCAUGAAGGAUGCCGCUUUCUCCCUGGCUGAGGCCAAAUUUACUGCUGGCGAUUUUUCGCAUACCGUCAUUCAGAACGUGUCCCAAGCCCAGUGGCGUGUGCGUAUGAAGAAGGAAAACGUUGUCGGUGUGUUCCUUCCCGUUUUCGAUGCCUACAAGGAAGGCUCUGAUGCGUAUGAUCUUACGGGUCUCGGCAAGGGCGGUGCCAACAUUGGACGUCUGAAGGCCAAUUAUGCAAAGGCCGUUCAACUUCUCGUGGAGCUCGCCACGCUGCAGACUUGCUUCAUCACCUUGGACGAGGCCAUCAAGGUCACUAACCGCAGAGUCAACGCUAUCGAGCACGUUAUCAUCCCGCGUAUCGAAAACACAUUGACUUACAUCGUCACCGAACUCGACGAGAUGGAGCGUGAGGAAUUCUUCCGUAUGAAGAAGAUCCAAGCCAACAAGAAGAAGCUGAGGGAGCAGGAGGCUGCCGAGAAAGCGGCUCUUGGUAUUAAAGAGGAAGAAGAUUCUGUGGAUGAUUCACCAGCGCAACAGAGAAACAUCUUGCAACAAGAAGAUCAGACGCCGAUUCUCUUC